AUGAUUUUUCUUGAUGAAAAUAUGCAAUAUGUUAAGAGGAAAAUAGACACAGCUGCAAAAGACAAUCCUUACUGGCAAGCGGUUAAAAUGGCCUAUAUGCAAUUAACAGGUAUAUGGCAUGGUUAUUCUUCAUCAAAAUUUAAUCCUUCUAUUCAAUAUGAAGCACAUUUUGUUAUGUUGUUAAAUUCAAAUGGAGACUUUUAUGAUUUGGAAUCCAAAUUAAACAAAACAAAAGAUCCAGCUGAUGAUAUAACUGGUGGAAGGUGUUCAGGAUUAAUUAAGGUGGCCCCUAAUAAUGCUGAUUUGUUUAUAUCACAAGUUACAAUGUCUGGAUUUCAAAAUAUGCUUCGAAUGCUUAAACUUUACAAAUUUGGUGUUGAUUCAAUUCUUUAUCCUGGACAUACAAGUACAUUUGCUGGAUAUCCCGGAGUUAUUUAUUCGUCUGACGAUUUUGCUUUGACUAGUACAGGAUUGGCAGUGAUAGAAACAACAGUAAAAGUUUGGAAUAUAUCACUUUAUGAAGCUACAAAAACACAAGGACAGAUACUUUGUUGGGUUCGAGCUGUAGUAGCAAAUUUAUUAUCACGAACACCUCGAGAAUGGUGCCAAAUUUUUAAACGCUAUAAUUCUGGCACUUAUAAUAAUCAAUGGGGCAUUUUGGACUACAAACGAUUUACUCCAGAAAAACCAUUACCUGAUUCUGGACUUUUUUAUGUUUUGGAACAAAUGCCCGGCCAUGUCUAUUAUCAGGAUCUGAGUUUAUAUUUAAAAGAGAAGACAUACUUUGCAAGCUAUAACAUUCCAUUUUUCAAGAAAGCUAGCAGGAUUAGUGGAUUUAAAGCAAAAGGAAAUGAAUUUUACUGGUUUAACUGGACAGACUGUCCUCGGGCAAAAAUUUUUGCUAGAGAUCAUAAUAAAGUGAUUGAUUUAGAUACUUUAACUAAAUUAAUGAGAUAUAAUGACUAUAAACAUGAUGAAUUUAGUCGGUGUAAAUGUUCUCCGCCCUAUACAGCAGAAGCAGCAAUUUCAUCUCGUGGUGAUUUAAAUGAGCCAAACGGCACUUAUCCACUUCCAGGCAUGGGACAUGUCAACCACGGGGCAUUGGAUUAUAAAGGAACUAAUUAUGAAUUAGCAAAACAACUACGUUUUCGUGCUUGGAGUGGUCCCACAUAUGGAAAUGUUCCUGUAUUUGAUUGGAGAACGAGUCUUUUGGCUCCUAAAGUCAAACAUUUUGGACAUCCAGACCGUUGGGAUUUUAAACCAGUUGAUUAUCGAUGGGAGACGCAACUCGUUUGA